AUGGUUUCGCACAUCACGCCUUUUAUGUUGGAUGUAUUUCAGGCACGUGAAGCUGCCUAUGAAGCCGAACAAGCACGUAUCCGGCAAGAGAAAGAACUAGAAAUAGCUCGCCUACGUGCACUACAGGAACGUGCCUCAGAUGAGGCGGCCGAGCGAGAUGCACUUCGUGCGAAACGUGCAGCCGAAGCCAGAGAGCGUGAAUGGCGGCGCAAGGAGAAAGAAGAAGCAUUGAAGAAGCAACAGACUGAAGAUGAGUUGAAACGCGCCCGCGUUGCGCAAGCAGAAGAACGCAGGCGGUUAUUGGCCAUUGAAGCUGGACGGGAACGCGCAGAAUUUGAACGAAUUUUAAGACGUCAAAAGGAGAUGAUGGAUGCCGACCUUCGGGAGCAGAAUCAGGCCAAGUUGAAGAACAGAAAGUAUGCUGAAGAGGUCCGCAAACAAAUCUGUCUUAAAGAACAGGAGCGAAUAGCGGAGCGGAAUGCAUUCUUCGAGGAAGGAGUCAAGCUCGCAGAAGAGGCGCGGUUGCGUCAAAUGCGUCUGAUGGAUGCCAAGAACCGAAAACUUAAAGAACUCAGGGAGGCGGGUAUUCCGGAGAAAUACCUUCACCAAGUGGAAAGAAAAGCCCUUCAUUUAAAAGAGACUGAGAGUCAUUGACCUAUUCCAAAUUGGUCGUGUUCUCUUCGACCCCACUUCCCUGACUACAGUCAGCACAAACCCAAUCAUCUCUUUCGACCUUUCCUUCAGCAAUGAAACUUGUGAGAUUUCUGAUGGCUACCCAAUCUUUGAGAUGUACUAGAUUCCGGCUCACCUGGCUUCUGUUAAUGCCGGGUCAUAAGGUGCAGCUUAGCGGCUGCUCUACAACUCUUUCCGACUACAUCAACUGUGAGGUUCUCUUUGAACACAUAAUUACUGCGAGUUUGUCUCCUUUCGUACUCUGAGAACCACAAACAGCGAAGCACACCAGUCCGAAGGAAUCAAAUUCCGUGUUGAUAGUAGAGCCUGAGGAUCUAACAGCCAAACCUCUAAUCGGUGGUCACAAUAGCUCUAGCCUGAGUCAUAUUCACAAGGCUACUUAUUCUAAGGGAUGUGUAUUUUCAGGAAAUCAGGAAACAAUAAAAUAACAAAACCAUACAAUCAUCAACAUAACGAUCAAAAAUAAAUGUAUGAAAAGUAAUCAAGUUUAUGUUGCAGAACCAUUCCGUGUAUACGUCUAGAUGGUGCAUUGGUGGUUACACGUCUGUUGGUUCCAAAUUCAAACAUGCUGCACUAUAAAUCGCAAGUGUAAAACUGGAUUCCCCCCAGAUACAUCGGACUCUUUCCCAUGUAAACCUUGGACGACUUGAAUCCAUGAGUUUGUGUCGAGCUACAUGUGAUGAAAUAAAUAAAUAAGAAGUACUCUUCUCGAUCUUGCUGGAUAAGUUCCCAC